UGAGUAGGGAAACUCCGUGGUAUCUUGGCAAGAGGAAGUUGUGGAAGGGCGGGCAAGAUGGCGGCGCGGGCGGCGUUGACUCUUUUAAGCCGGCUAUGGCAGGGGCCAGAAAAAUUUCUUGUAGCAGGCAAAGUUCCAUUAAAGCAACAUACCUUUCUUAAAAAUAAUCACUUGAUGUGGAUUCAGUCUUCAAGGGCCAACAAUAAUACUCAACAGCCCGCAACGAAUCAGUUGGUAUCUGUUUCUGAUGAGCCAGAUAUAUUAUAUAAAAGACUGGCUAUUUUAGUUAAGGGGCAUGAUAGAGCUGUGUUGGACAGUUAUGAAUAUUUCAUGGUUCUAGCUGCAAAAGAACUUGGUCUCUCCAUUGAAAAAAUAGAAAAGCCUCCUAGAAAGAUAGAAAGAUUAACACUUCUGAAAUCAGUACACAUUUAUAAGAAGCACAGAGUUCAAUAUGAAAUGAGAACACAUUAUCAGUAUAUAGAGUUAAAGAAUUUAACUGGUAGCACAGCCAAUGUUUACUUGGAAUACAUUCAGCGAAAUCUACCAGAAGGGGUUGCCAUGGAAGUCAAAAAGACCAAAUUAGAGAAACUUCCUGAUCAUAUUCGGAAACCUGUUUGGGAUGUCCUGCCUGAAGUAGAAGAAACCACAAUUACUUCAUAAAAACCUGGACUCUUUUUGUUUUAAUUUCCCUAUGGGUUAAUUAAGAAAUCAACAUGAAAUACCAUAAUUGUUUUAUAAAAUCAACCGAUUUUGAAAGAGCCCUGUAUCAGGGUACUUACAGGGAAUCUUUAUUACUUGACCAAAACAAGUAUUUGAACUUUACAAUGAAAGCUUAUUGGUUCAGAAGCAAUUAAAGAAAAAAAAAAGUGGACAUUUCAUCUGCACCAUAAUUUGGCUGAAGAUGUUGAAAAUGAUCAUGUCCCUGUAUAUUAUUAAAACAAAUGUUAUACCAAAUUGUUUAUCAACAUUUGAAAUGAUAAUUUGCUCCAGUUGUUUCCUAUAUAGAUGCCUUGACGAGAGAACCAUCAAACUUGUAAUAUUCUUAUCACUAACUAUAAACACUGAAAUAUUUUUAUGUAAUAUUUUUGAAAACAUUUAGAGCAUUUUCAAUAGGGAAUUAAUUGUAAUUCACUUACAAUGUUAGGAAACUGAGGAUGGAAGUAUUUGUAUGUAUUUGACAUGUUGAAUCAUUUAAGUUCCAUAUAUACUUUCUGUACCCAUGAUUGUAUUCAUUAAACCUCUAUAUUCAGCCAUUAAAAGCCAAACAAUCGGGGGUUUUAUACAAAUA